AUGUGUGUAUGUGUGAAAAUAACUGCGAAAAUAUAUCAAAAUGUUCAAACAAAAUAGUACAUAGAAGUAUCCAAUGAUUAAAUCCAAUGAAAAGACAGAACGGAAAUUGGCGAUUUCUAAACUAGCCAAUAUAAAACAGAUAGUAUUGUACUUCAAGCAAUCAUGUUUUUGUGAAUGCGAUGCGCAGCACAAAUGUUAUAUUGCAUAAUUUUGUCGUUUGUUUACUCUUGUUUAUUUUAAAUUAAUUAUAUUAUUGAGGUUAAUGGAUAGUAGUAAAUCUUCGGUAUAGGAUAUUCCUUCAACUUUAACAAGUAACUAAUUAUGACUACGAUGGAUUCUGACUCGGAGAGUCAGGACAGUGAUGAAGGACGACGAUUUCGUUUUGAAGCCACCCGUAAAGAUAAUGUGCAAGUAGAUGUAAAAUCAGGAAAGUCAGAACAGGAAUUUUGCUAUAGUGAUAUAGAAUACAAAGACAAAAAAGACAAAUCUAAACAUGAUUGUAAUAGAGAACAUAGAUUUUCAAAAGAAUUAAACAUUGAUAAUAAAGACCUCAAAUAUUCUACUAAAUACACAAAACAUUCUGUCGAGUCAAGGAACUCAAGACGCGAAGAUAAUAAAGAUUAUAAAAGUGUAAGAGAUGUCAGUUCGGAUACCAAAAGUACUUCGUUAUCCUCAAAGCAUAAAACAAAAGACCCAAAACGACAUAAAAAUCGAGAUCGAAACGAACAUCGAAGCGACAGAUCUCAAGAACGAUGUCGUAGCAGAAAUGAAAAUGAUAGAUCUCAAAAUGACAAGCAUAGAAGUAAAUCUAACGAAAAAUAUAAGCAUCAUAUUUGCGAUAAAAGUCGUGAUAAAAGUUAUCAAUCAUAUAAAGUAAGAUCUGAAGAUCACGGUAAGUUUCGAGGAGAGUCUGAAAGAUAUAUACAUAAAAGGAUGCAGGCAAAAGAAGAUGAAGGGCAACGCUUAGAAGCAUACUCCUCACCCAAAAAUAUAGGGCAGGGUCAUAGCGGUAAUGAAUCACUAAUGAAAAGAGAUUUUUCAGUGGAGAGUCAAGGAUAUAAGGAGGAAUUAAAUUUAUCUGAAUUUGAUAUCCUGUCGGAAACGGAUGAAAAUAUGUCUGAUAGUUCGGAAAUAAGAAACAGGAACUCACUAUCACGACAACAUAAUAAGAAGUCGAAAAAAAGAAAUUUGAGCAAUGAAUAUGAUAAUUCACCGAAAAAGCACGUGAUACGAAUCGAAUCCAUGGAAGGAUCGCAAAAGGUAAAUGCAAGGAAGAAUGAUAUGUUGUAUGGUUCCAGCAAUAAUAAUUCUGGUGCCAUUUCAGAUUCCUCAUUAGGUACUACGUCGCCUAUACUGACGGAAUCAAGGAAAGAUACAGUUGAUUUAAAUAGUAAGGAAGAAAAUUUGAAUUUUACUGAGCAAACUUCCUUGCAUCUUAAUAAUUACGACUCUGUAAAAGUAACAGAUGUCCAUUCAUCUCAUAUGUAUGCUGAGAAAUCUACGACAUAUGGACCGGCUUUGCCGCCGCAGUUAAUAACUAAUUCCCCCACUAGUAUGGAAUCAAAUACAGAUAUACAUUUUAUAGGACCUUGUUUACCAAAAUAUGAUGCACAGAAUAUAAAUGAAAGAAUUGAAAAAGACACACUAAAUAGUAUUAAUCGAGAUAAUAUAAUGCAAAACGAUUUGGAUGUUGUCUUUGGUCCAGCAUUACCACCACAUUUAUUAAAGCAGAAAUGUAAUGAUGAAACAAAUACAAAAACCAUAGGCCCUACUCUUCCAAAUACCAUAGAGUCGUUUAAUAAUAAUGAAGUAGAUCAAACAGAAUCUGAAGACGAAGACGGCAUAGGUCCAUUGCCGGUUAAUCAUCCAGCGUUAGAGAGUAACUAUGUACAUAGACAAUUGGAACAAAGAGCGCAGCUAAUUAAAAGUGAACAAAAGGACGAGGAUUAUAGUAUGGUGAAUCAACGGGAAGAAUGGAUGAUCGAGUUACCUCCGACUCAGAUCAAUAAUUUAGGAUUAACAGCACGAAAAUUUCGAAUGAAAGCAGGUCCAGAUAUGUCUGAUAGGUCGUGCUGGACAGAUACUCCAGCAAAGAAAGCUGAGAAACGGAAACAACGAGAAGAAGAAAAACUGUACAAUGUUCAAACAUCAAUUCGAGAGUUAUUUGAUGAAAGUAAUGAAACUGAAUGUCGGAAAAAUAAGAAAUGUGAAAAGUCACUUUUAGAAAUACAUCAAAACCAGCUUCAGGAAAAAAAACGGAAAGAAGAGAAAAAGGCAAGAUCAACUGAGCAGGUACUUAGAAGACCAUUUGACAGGGAUAUUGACUUACAAGUUAAUCGAUUUGAUCAAGCUCAGAAGAAUGCUAUCAUUAAUAAAGCACAACGUUUGGAUGAAAGAUUUUCUCGUGGAAAGUUUUAAUGAAAUCAGAGUAAUGUUUCACUUCAUUAUUAAAAUCUGAUAGAAAAUAACGAACUUGGUGCAAUGUAUAAAUUUGUAAUUUGUUUCAGUAUAAGCGAUUUUGCUGAUGAGUGCCUUCACCUUAUAUGUGUGUAUGUGUAUGUAUAUAUGUGUAUAUAUAUACACACACAUGUUUAUUUAUAAUGGAAUAACACUUUGAUACAAGCCGAAAUUUCUGAUUUUCCAUAAUGACCUUUCUUUCUAAUAUAUUCAGUAUAUUACCAUUGUAAUAGUUAAUCACUUUUUUUAUAAAUGAUGAUAAUUAUGCUGAAAUAGUAAAAAUAUAGUCUUUUCGAAGUCACUCAGGCAAAAUAUGUUAUAUACUAUGAUGUAAAUUCAAUUAAUUAUUCCUUAAGUAUUAAAAAACCAGAUUACAUAUAAAUAAUGUUUUUUUAAUUGUCUUUAUAAAUGAUAAAGUCGAAUUUCAGUUUUGCUAUGUAUUACACUUGUUGAAUCAUAUAUUUUGUAAAUGAUCGUUCUUCAUACUUGUGAUGUGCACAUGUGCUAAUAAUUUCUUAACAUAAAAUAUAAGUAACAUAGAAAAGUACGAGAUUAUAAAUACAUAGACAUAAAUUUUACAUCCGAAAACAGAAAAGUAUCUUCCCUUGUUUGAUUUUACUGAGUAAUCAGUCUUUUCUGUGAUUAUUUAAGUACACUGGCGUUAUAGAUGUUUUAUCUAAUGUAAACAGUUGUAAUUGUACUAAUUAUAUUAAUUGUAAGUAUGUAUACUUUAAAUAUACUUUUUACGAAAAUCA